AUGUCUGACUGGGCAGACGAUAUUUAUGAUGAUGACGAAGAAGAAGAAGAGCUUUCAUUUGAAGAAUAUAGUAAUGCCGAUGAGGACAAAAGCGGCAAUAAUUCCGAAAUGUCUGAUGACAAUUCUGACCUCGAUAUAGAAGGUCAAUAUUUCCUUGGUAAAGAGCAUAAGGAGGAUGAGGAUUAUAAUUCAGCUUUACAGAUAUUUGAAAAGAUCAUAGACUUGCGCAAAAGUUCUGAGUAUUCUCAAAACGACUACAUUUUCAAGGCCAUCAAGCAGGCAAUCAAAGUAUGCCAAGAAAUGGCCAAUUAUGAUGGCAUAGUAAAAUAUGUUGGAUUAUUCUUUCUUCAGGCAAGACAGGUUUCCAAAUCUUAUCGAGAUUCGUCCAUUUCCAAACUCUUGCAUCGAUUUGAUAGAGGCUGUAAUAUACCUCAAGUCUUUUUGAAGGCCAUCUACCAGAGGUUUUUAGACUAUCUUACUACUGUGGAAAACGCAACUACCAUUGAAAAGAAGAUUUACGUGAGAGUGAGUUUAUGUAUGGCCAACUCAUUGAUUUCUGAAGGAGAUUAUGAAAAUGCUUCGGAGAUUCUUAUCAAAUUAGAGAGCAUUGUGCUUAAUUCCACCGAUGGAAUUCGAAGUUCCUAUUUAUUAGAUGUUCUCGCUUCAGAGAUGGUGAUUUCCUCCAAGUAUAAGUUCAAUUUGGCCGAGUUGGCUCGAUUGACAAAGUUGGCAAACUCUUCCGUCUCCGGAAUACCCCAAUCACGGAUAACGGGUACAAUAAUGGAAUGUUCCGGCUUGGUGGCGAUGUACGAUGACGAUUUUAAAGCCGCUAACAAGUAUUUUCAGGAUUCUUUCAAGGGAUUUAACGAAUGCGGUGAUGAUAAAAGAAUAGGGGUGUUAGUUAAAUUCAUAGUGAGCAACAUUCUAAGUGAGUCUGAGAUUAAUCCCUUCAAGUCAAGUGAUUUCCAGGGCUUUUUGAAAUUGGAAAACAUCAAGUUGUUGAUGUCUGCGUAUAAUUCUGUUCAUGAUGUGGAUAUAGAUCGGUACAAUCAAAUCAUCCGCGGCGAUCAGUUCGCUCAGCUUGUCUCUGAAGAUUUGUUUCUCAGGGAUUUUCUUCCUCAUGUUACCGAGAUCGUGCAGGUCAGGUAUAUUCUGAAGUAUUUGAGCAUUUUCACCAAGCUUUCUUUCCAAACAUUAUGCUCAAAGUUGAGGAUGAGUGAUGUUCAAUUGGAAAGUUUGUCAUUAAGAUUGUUCAAUUCUGGUCGGAUAGAGAAAAUUAAGCUUGAUUUUGUCGAUAAAGUGCUUUUGAGAUCUGACUCUGACGAUACCCAGUUGUUUGAUAAGGACUUAAGUUCGUUCGACGUUUUGUCCAAUAUUCUAAACUCUCAUUCGGAUAAUACUGACAUAUCUCAAUUGCCCGAGGAAGCCGAGGAGAUUAGACUGAAAGUCAACAAUAAUCAAGGACAAUUUCUUCCUUAUUCAUCACCAUUUGAGGUAAGUCUUUCGAGAAGCGAUGAAAAUAUGGACUUGAAUCCCACACCAUCUAUGUCAUCUACAAGAACCGCUGUAAUUGGCGAUACCGUGAAACGUCUCAAACGGAUGGAUAACCAAGCUAUAGGUUCAAAUUUUUUAAUGGUUGGUUCUUCAUCCUCUUCCGACGGGAAGUCUAUGGCGAAUUUAAAACAGUUACAAAACGAUAUUUGUUUGCCUUUCAAGAUUAUUCCACAUGAAUCAUUGCCUGGUUGCUUUUGCCAGGUCCAUUCCAAGACGGAGCUUCUCUCUAAAUUGGGCGAUUAUUUGGAGUUCAUGAAAUCCGGAAUACCUACAGUGAAAUUCCACAAGGUCAGUCACAUCGAAAAGGUUAUGAGGGAUAAAUUGGAGAGUGAAUUCAAUGAUUUAAAUCAAAAAGAGGUAGGGAAAAAUGAAGCAGAAACACUAUCAAGUAACAUAGACGAAAACGUUCCAGAAGUCUUACAGACCACUACAAUGAGUAACUUAGAGCCUUCACAGCCAGAGGAUGAGGCAGAGACGGAGGCUCGGAGACAGCUAUUCAAUAUGAGCAAAGAUCAAAUUUUGGAGAGAAAAAUGGAAUCCGUGAUGAAAAUUGCUCGAACUCUUAAUGAACAUAGAAUCGGCUCUCUUUUAGCAUUUAAGAAAGGACUGAAUAUGAGUAUGUUCGAUAAAAAUUUGGAGGGGGUGAAAAUACUGGGAAGUAAUCAGGAUAAUAACAAUAGUACUUCCAAUUUGCGGGUCAGUCCUUUGAUAUGGAGGCCAACAGAAAGGUUAGAUACCGAAUCUAUAGAGAGUGGAUCGAUGGGAGGGUACGAUGAUGAAUGA